UUUGGAAGGCCAUCGGAGGGGUCGUGUGCGCGGAGGAUGUGGGAGGCUAGAUCUUUGAGGCUAGUGGUGGGUGGUGGUCUGCGAGCAGGCGGGGGACAUCGUUCGUCGUGGCAGAGGAGAGGAGAACGGUCGGUGGUAGAGAAGUCGGUCGCUCGUCAACGGCACGCCCUACUGCGCAGCCCGAGCGAGAGGUAUUUGCGGGGUGAGGGUGGGAGCAGACAGAGGCCACGGUCAGAUCUGAGAGGGCAACGAGCGUCUGUGUGUAGCUCCCUCCGCCGUCCGGGGUGUGCAUUUUGGGCACGACGAGCCCACGGACCGACAGAUGCGCGGCCGAUGGUCGCACCGCGCCGUUGAUCCUGACCGACGCCAACCGCCGGGACUAAACCGAUCAAUUAUUAUUGAUUCGGAUCCUCCAUCCUUACUUGACCACGAAUGCGUCGACGCAAUUAGGCCAAUCCGCAGUCGAUGGUGGUGGUGUUGCCGUCAACGGGAUCCGUAAGAUGGGAACGCGCGUUGGCCAGCGUGGGCAGACGGCUCUCAGACUUUGUCGGAGAGGAGGCAAGAGGUGGGAGAAAGUUGGAAAGCCGGGGGCCGUGGGCGUGUUUGCCGGGAUGAAGAUGGAAGUGAAGAGGAGGAAGAAGUCCGUUCGACGUCGACCGCCACGACGUGGAAAAGGCGACGGCAAGCGCGACGACGACGACGACGCGCUCUCUUGGCGUUUACAACCACCGACGUACAUACUUACAUACAGGUCGACAAGGUCGAUCCCUGAGACUCUGGACUCUCGGCAUCGUCGACUGCGGCGAAGCGCUGUGCCUUCCACACCGCGGAGACGCACACCAACCGCGCGCCUCUGAACUGGAUCUAUCUGCAUAUCCGCCACGCAAGAAUAUAGAGAAAUGUCGCGCAGACACAUCGCCGUCCUCGGCGGCGGCAUCUCCGGCCUCUCGGGCGCGUACCACCUCUCGCGCCGCUUUCCCGACGCGCUCGUCACCGUCGUCGAGAAGAGCGACCGCUUCGGCGGCUCGAUCCGCAGCUUGCGCGUCCGCAUCGCAGACAACGACCAGCGACACUUCGCCAGCGUGCUCGUCGAAUCCGGGCCGCGCACGCUCCGCGCCAGCAACGCCGCGCACGUCCUCGAGCUCAUCAACCUCCUGAACCUCUCCCCCUCCGUGAUCACCACCCCGACGACCUCCCCGGCCGCCCGGAACCGGUUCCUGCACCUCCCGCCGUCCCCGGGCCUCGCCCGCGUCCCGACCUCGCUCGCGUCCUUGCUCCUCUCCAAACUCGGGCGCACCGUGCUCCUCCCCGCCCUCGCGCGCGACUUGUUCUCCCCCCCAAAUCGUCUCGCUCGACGACGGGGAGGAGGAAGCGAAGGUGAACACAAGUGCGCAGAGGAGGAGGAGGAGGAGGAGGAGGACGAAUCGGUCGACGCGUUCCUCGCCCGCCACUUCGGCCCCGGCUUUGCGCGCACGUUCGGCAGCGCGCUCGUGCACGGGAUAUACGCCGCCGACGCGCGCGCGCUCUCCGUCCGCGCCGCGUUCCCCGCCCUCGCCGCGCUGUCCGACUCGGGCCGCGGCAGCGUCCUCCGCGGCGCGCUCCGCCUCUCGCUCGCCCGCGGCCACGGGAACGCGCCGGGGAAGGGGAAGGAGAUGGAGGUGGAGAUGGAGGGGGCGGCGCACGACGCGGUGCGCGGCGCGUCGGUGUUCUCGUUCCGGGACGGGAUGCAGACCCUGCCCGACGCGCUCGCGGACGCCUUACGAAAAACGCCGAACGUGCGCCUCCUCGCUCGCACCGCCGUCGGCCGGAUCGCGCACGACCGCGCGACGGACACGAUCGAGUUGGAGCUGAAAGACGCGGAGAACGGAGAACGGGUCGACGUGCCCGGGCCGCCGGUGACGCACGUCCUCAGCGCGCUACCCCUCCCCGCGCUCUCUUCCGUCCUCCGCUCUUCCCACUCCCACUCCCACUCCUCCUCCUCCUCCUACCCGUUACGGGACAUACCGACCGAGUUCCCCUCCGCGACGGUCACCGUCGUCAACCUCGUCUUCCCCCCGACCCCCUCCGGCGCGCCGCUCCAGCUCCACCCGGCCGGCUUCGGCUACCUCGUCCCGCGCCCGGAGCGCGGCUACGACGACGUCGCCGCGGCGUCCAACCCGCUCGGCGUGCUCGGCGCCGUGUUCGACUCGUGCGCGCUCGGCGGCGCGCAGGACUACGCUCUGCCUCCUCCUCGCUCUUCGCCGUUUUGCGACGGAAAGGCGGAAUACGGGUCGUCGCGGUUCGCGAAGAUCACGGUGAUGCUCGGCGGGCCGUAUCACCGGCACCGACCCGAUCGAUCCGCCCCCGUUUCGCCGCGGUGGGUGGACGAGCUCGUGCACGGCCACCUCCGCGGCGCGCUCGCGAUCCCGGCGGAGGUCGAGCUGCCCGAGCCGGCGUUCGCGAUGGUGCGGACGCACGUACGGUGCAUCCCGUCGUUUGCGCCGGGGCAUCUGGGGGCGGUGAGGAAGGUGCGGGCGGCGGCGCGCGCGAUCGUGGGGGGCGAAGAGGGGGGAGGGGGAGGGUGGUGCUGGCGGGCGCGGGGGCGAGAGGGGUGAGCGUGGAGGAUUGCGUGAAGGGCGGGCGGGAGGCGGCUUGGGAGAUCGAGUGAGAGGACGCUUGGCGCUGGUUCGCGCCGGGGGUGGUGGUGUGCGUACCAGGAUUAUGUGACUAGGAGGACGUGUCUCUCUCCCCCCAUGGUCAUGAUACGACAG